AUGAGUGAGGACGCUUUGGUUUUUUUACCAGUUAAUCGAUGGGACGAGCUGAAGAACUUAUUUAAAUCAGAUUGGCCUCGAAGUGUGUCUGGUUAUACUGUUCUCGAAAUUCAAGAGAGGAUAUUGCAACUUGGGCUUGAUUAUGGAUUCAGAGUGUACUGUCCUUAUGGAGAGUUAUCAAAUGGAAUGGUUGCUAUGAACAUCAAGAAAACAUUAAACGAAAUUGUAAUACAAAGCCCAAGCGAUGAUACAAAAAAACUGGAAGAGGCGCUAAGUAGUACUAAAUUAAUAGAUUGGCAACAAUCACUUCACGUGCCUUUUGCACCUAAACAUAUUAUGGAAUUCGUGAGAAGAAUAAUCUCGGAAAAGAAUUUAAAGAUAGAUGAGUUAACCUUGACAGAAACUUUCAUGUUAGAUAAAAGUAAAUCUUUGUUUGAAGAUGUCAGACUACCACAGGGACUUAGUUUCAAAUUACUGUCACUUGAAUACGUUGACUUAGUCGAUUCUACUUGGCCACAUCGAUAUCCUGGUUCUUCGUGGUACUUCGAGCUACUAACGCGAGCUAACUUAGGCUAUGGUUUAUUCAAAGAAGGCGAGCUUAUUGGCUGGGUAUACAUAAAAGAAAUGGGCGCUCUGGGGCACUUAUAUACAUUAGGAAAACAUAGAAGGAAGGGCUACGGAGAGUUGAUUUUAAAGUUAAUAUCAAAUAUUCUGUUAAAACAAGGAAGAUAUGUAGUCGCUUUUUGUGUGAAAGGAAAUACUGCUGCUUAUAAAUUGUAUAAAAAAUUAGGUUUCGAACGUACUGAUGAGAUUGCAUGGUGCACAAUGUCACAUAAUAAUUCAACAAACGAGAUUUAA